GAACACCCUGUAUAUUUUAAUAUUUUCAGAAUCACUGCCAAAAAUAAACAUAACUUUUAUAGAGAGUACUUAUCCGAAUUUUGUGUAGUUUAAACAGAAUUUGAGAUUAUAUAUUUUUUAAUGCAAAAUUGUGUUCUUAGAAAAUAUGGUCUUCCACGUAAAGACUUGUGAUGACCAAGUAUUUUAUAAUUAUACUGGAUGCAUUAAAUUAAAGGAUUUUUUUUUAAGUACACCUUGCAGUAGUAUAUAUAUGUCCUAUACAAAAAUAAUUUGAAAAAAGCAUAUCAUUCUUAUUUUUUUAUUAAUUUUAAGGAUUUUUGCAAUGGGUGGUGGGUAAGGUAAUAUAGAGAUUAUAGGUUUAGGAAAUUAAAGGUCAUUAUUUUUUAUAUCGUCAACGAUGUACAAUAAUAUUUAUAAUUAUGAAGUUUAAAAACUUAAAACAAAUAACAAACUGUAUUAAAGUAAAAACUAAAGUAAAACAAAAUAGAAAAUCUACAAUAGGUUUUCAACAUUUUGAAUAAUGUAAGUUGUAUAAACAACCUAUAUAUAGUAUCGCAUUAGAAACAAAAUCGAUGUUAUUUAGUUGGACUACAGCUUCUGUAAUACACUUUUGUAUUCAUUUACAGCAACGCAUCUUUUUUUAUAUACCAUAUUUUUAAUUGUCCCCCAUAAAAAAAAGUCCAGUGGGGUAAGAUCUGGACUUCGAGGUGGCCACCAAAUGUUUCCAUUUUGUCCUAUCCAAAGAUUGUGAUUUUCAUUUAAAAAUUCAUUGAUAUAGUUUCUCCGGUGGUAUGGAACGCAAAUUAAUUGAGCACGUUCACAAGCCCGUAUUUCAUUUACUAUUAGUGGUUGUAUUUAAUUUCUGAGCAUAGUUAAAUAUCGUCUAGAUUUUAAGGUUUCAUUAGAGAAAAUUGGGCCUAUAACCUUUGAUCGGCAUAUUGCGCACCACACUUUCGCAGAUCGUCUACCUUGUCGUUUUUGUCGCUAAUUCUUUUAAAAUCCGACUCCAAUGCGCGUUGACGAGUAUAGGAUUCUAGUAUAUCCAACUGCUUCUCUUCUGUUUGAACUUGUCGUUGCCUUUUCUUGAACGUUGACAGAAGACUGUCGCUGUAUAAACUUUGUAUAAACUUUUUUUUCUAAAGUCAGUAGUUCCUGAGAAAAGGUACAGUGCCCACCCUGUACGUUUAGUGACGUCAAGGGGUCUGGUACCGGCCUGUCGAUGUUCUAGACGGCCGCAUCUGGAAAUCCAAGGCGCUCGGAACGUCGCAAUGCCAGCGCGGCUGGCCAGUAUUUUGAAACACUUGUCGACGAGGCUCUCGAUUGUUAAAAGGAUCGGUCGCUCUCUUCGUACCCGAAAUAUUAAUUCGGAUUAAUUUAAUUCGAUCGGUUCAAUUAACCAAUAUUCCGCCCAUAGUUCAACGCGCGUUCGAAGCAUAGGGGUGAUGCAGUGUUGAACCAGUGACGUGUAGAGUGCGGGGGCAGUGCGAUGGAAUUUUUACAGUUUUCCGAUUACCACUCGAGCGAUUCUUCAUCCAACGGUGCCACGAAAACGGAAACCCACAAGAGACGGAAAAGCGUGGGUUACGGACACGACCCUGCGGCACCCCUCAAGCAGAGAAGCCAAGCAAACGCGCGCGAGCGAGACAGAACGCACAGUAACUACUGUUUCAGCGUAAACACCGCAUUUUCCACGUUGAGAACGCUGAUACCUACCGAACCCAAAGACAGGAAGCUGAGUAAAAUCGAAACCCUUCGAUUAGCGUCCAGUUACAUAUCCCAUUUGGGUACCCAACUUUUGGCGGGACCCAUAGACCAACCUUGCUUAAGGUUAUCCAAUCCCUCCGAUGAAGACAGCGCCAUUGACCGAAGGCAGGUGUGCACGUUUUGUAUAUCGCACAAAAAACUUCCCAAACUUACCGCAUGUGAGGAGUACACUUGCCAUAAUUACGAUUACCACCAGAUAAUGCUGGAGACUUCGCCCCAGUCCAUGUCACCCUUAACGAUGCAAGCGGAGAUAUUUUAUCAUCAAUAGAAAUUUUAUUGUACAUUUUACUAUUAGUGUAAGAUUAAUGUAUACGAAAUUUACUUUUGCUAUAACGGAAAUUUGAGCGUCCAUAUUGUAACUACAGUGCCAAAGAAGAGCAAAUUGAUCAGAUUAUACCAAAGUUUUAAGGUUAAU